AUGCCCAGCGACGACGAGUUCUACUACUACGACGACGACGACGACGGCGACGGCGAAGACGAAGGGGAGGAGGAGGAGGCGGCGGACUGGGGCGGCCUAGCGCUGGAGGCGGACGAGGACGACCUCGGCCUGGCCGAGGACGACCCGCCGCCGCGGGAGCGCCGCGCCGAUUGCUGGGCCAUUACAGAAGACUCCCUUUCUGCUGCACAGCAAGAAGACUUGUCGACGGUGAUGAAUUUGCUCAACAUAAAGCAGCACCACGCCCGUGCUCUCUUUAUCUUCCACCAGUGGAAGAUAGAUCGCAUCUAUGACUAUUUUGACAGGAAGGGGCGAGACUGCAUGCUCAGAGAAGCAGACAUUGUGCUGCAGGAGAAGUGCAACACAACACCCUCCACAAGUUCCAAAUGCAAUGUGUGCUUUGAGGAUGACUUGUCCCUGACUGAUGUAUUAACUAUGGAUUGUGGACAUUGCUUCUGCAAUAACUGUUGGACGGAGCACUUCUAUGCAGCCGUAGACAGUGGCAAGAAGCAGAUUCGUUGCAUGGAGGUGAACUGCUUUGCCAUCUGCGAGGAGGGCAUUGUGCGGCACCUCCUUGGCCAGAAGUACCCUGAUGCAGCCAAGCGCUUUGAUCGCUUCCUGCUCGAGUCUUAUCUUGAGAACAAUGACUUCGUGAAGUGGUGCCCCAGCGUCCCACACUGUGGCCGUGCGAUUCGUGUUGGUACUCGUGAUACUGACUGCGAGGUGAAGUGCCCCUGCGGUGUCAGUUUCUGCUUCAACUGCAUGGAGCAGGCACACUCACCAUGCCCGUGUACCAUAUGGAAGAAAUGGAGUGUCAAGAACCACGGCGAAUCAGAGAACAUCAAGUGGAUCGUUAAAAACACCAAGAGCUGCCCCAAAUGCUUCAAGCCGAUUCAGAAGCAUGAUGGCUGCAACCUGGUCAAGUGUCACUGUGGCCAGUAUCUGUGCUACCUAUGUGGUGGACCCACAGGGUCCUCACACACAUGGACAAGCAUCGAGGGCCACAGCUGCAACCGCUUCAAGGAGAGCAACGAGAAUGUGGAUACCGGCAGGCGGCAGCUAGAGCGGUACACGCACUACUGCAACCGGUUCAAGAUCCAUGAGGAUUCAUACAAGGAGCAUGAGCAGAAGCUGGGGCCUGCCAUCAAAGAACAAGUGAAACAGUUGGAGUCGAAUUGCCUGCGACCAAGGAUGAUCAGGGACGGUGACUGGCUCAUCGAUGCGCACCAGCGUCUGCUGUGGUCACGGCAGGUGGUGUCACGAUCAUAUGCAUUUGCCUAUUACAUGUUUGGCGGCGAGCUGCGGACAGACCCGGCAGAUAAGCGCAGCUUGGCUCCGGCGCAGAAUCUGUUUGAGAACCAGCAGGAGCAGCUGGAGCGCCACGUGGAGCAGCUGUCAAAGGUGCUCGUGACGGAUAUCCCAGGGCUACCCGACGACAAGAUUGUGCAGAUGAAGCAGGAGGUGGUCAACCUGGCCAAGAUCCUUGAAACACUCUGUGGGGAGAUGUACCAUUGCAUUCAGGACGAGCUGCUGCCGCUGCUCGUGGAACCCAUGGACAUCGCCAUGUACACGCCGGAUGGCCCUGUAAAAGCCAAGCUGUUCUCGGUGUGACGCACUGACGGGUACCACUUGGCUGCUGCACAAGCCGGACAGUCAGUGUGGCAGCAGCUAAAGAGUGAAAAACCGUCCUGACAUACAUUGAUGCACAUGUGCACGUACAGGAAAUGGUUCAGGCUGAUCUGAGGUUAAGAAGGCCCUAACCUAAGUAAAGUACUCCCUGCACUUAUUAUGGACCGGAGGGAGUAGAAUAGAUUUGUUUGCAAGUGAAGCUCCUAGGGAUCUAUCCAGGCACUUGUGGUGUCUGUACAAAGCGUAGUUCUAGAAUUGCAUUUCGGAUGGGAUAAAAGCAACUGCUGGUUCAGUGCAUAUCCCAUAAACCUUGGAGUGAUAUUGCUGUUAACCUCGCCUGGUUGAACCUCAUAUAUAUAUUUAUAUUUA